AUGGCCGAAAGUGAUUCCUCCGAAGAUGCCAAUGUGCUCGUCAUUCCAGUAGAUGACAGUCUCAGUGAUGGCAGGAAAGAAACAUGGCCCCUCAAUCACCCCAAAUACAAAUUCGAAGUAGUCGACGAUACAAAAUGGAGAGAAUCUCUCGCCGAGAUGUGGAUCGAAAACACCGGCGCCAGAGAAGAAGGUCGAACCAAAGCCGAACUCGCGGCAGGACUCAGCCCCGAAGAAGCCAUGGCUCGACGCGCAGGCCCUCCCCCCAAGAACGCUGAUAGGAACAGCUUCAUUCUUGAGCCUAGCGGCCCAGAGGGCCCCGAUUAUUGGCGAGCAUGGAUCAUACAGAUGAAAAACAACUUCCCCGACCCCGUGGAGAUCGAGGUAAACCAGCCGCUGAACAAAAACUGGGUGUUUGGGAAAGACCUGCUGGACAGUUGUUUUCUCCAACUCGGCCUAGAUGCUACGUUCGUUCCCCGCAAGGGUGAAACCGUCCUUUGGACACGGGAGAUAGACGGAACACUGGAGUGGAACGGGGAUACGCGAACCUACCAGGUCCUUGGAUAUGAUGGCACAUGGAAGGGCACACCACAGUGGCAAGCUGGAAUUAUCGCCCAGACCCCUGUCCCCGACGAAAAGGACAUCUACCCGGCAGAUAUCCGUGACCUAACUUCCGAGGAUAGUCUCGCCAACGUGACCAACACUGGUUUCCGAGUCGAGUGUCUCCCCGACCCAAUCGAUGACGACAAGAGCUUCUCAAAACAUGCAAGCUAUGUCCCUCUGAAAUGCAUCAAGCCGAUGAACUCCUGGGAAAUCUUCCUGGACAAAGUCCCGCGCGAGAAGUGGCAUCCCACAGUGGAAUUCGCCCUUACAUCCACCAGUUCCUUUAGUUUGCUGCACCAUCAGUGGUUCCGAGGUACCUGGCCAAACGCCCGCGUCCAUUCGAAAGGAGUCUGGGUGGGCCACGAACUGCUGGCAGUUAAAGAUACAAUUCGACUCAAGCCUUUCUUGUUGACGCUCGAAGACCUAGGGGACCCCGACAAAGAUUACCGUCAAGUCACCGAUGUGAUGACUAUUAAAGACAUAUGGCUCGAAUGGACGGAUUGCAUUGAUGACCCAGACGCGGAAGGCUAUGCAAAGAAGGCCACGGUAUGGAUCCAAGGCCAAGUCUACACCCUCGACAAAGACCGUCUGAGUCGCCCCACUCUAUUCGGCGAUCAGCCUUUGGAAAAGCUCACCGACCACGAGGUAGACUCUGCAUUCAACCAAGUCGGCAUGUCGGAAUACGGCGACUGGUACCGCAUGAAUGGCGGCAAUACUUGCCAGAUCACCCCUAGUUUAGUUCUAGGUCGCUGCUACGAGCCCGUGCCAACCAAACUCCACUUCGGAUCGUUCGAUCUGGACUACGACCUCCAGAGUGUCCUCAAGGCCCGUGAGUACAGCUCGCAGGUGGACAAACGUAUUCCAGAAGGCAAUACCUGGUUUUUUGGCGAUAACCGCGUGGAGACCCUUGGCCUGGCAGAGCUAAACGGAAUUGAAGUCGGACCUGCGGCCGAAGUGAACCAGCAGCCCGAGAGAUGGGUUUCAAUCCUAAAGAUAAACGAGGGCAUCCACAGUGACCCAAGCGAUAUCAGGAUUGCUGAUCUCGGUGAGAUCGGCAGGAAGAAAGGACGCCCACGCAAGGAAUUCGAGGAGAUCGGAAAGACUAGUCGUCUGGUGAGCUCCGGGUUAGGCCUGCAGCCCGAUUCCUCUGUUGAGGAUGUAGGGGCCGGACUCCUCGAAUCCAACAGCGAAGACGGGCUUGAUACGGGGCAGCUCACCAAAGCGAUCCCCUUCAAAAACCCGUCCCCUACCGAAUCGGAUGACGAUAAGAUCGUGUCCCGGGGCGAUUACGCAGCGGGUAUUCAGAUAGUCAUCGACGAUGAGGAUGAUGAUGAUUACACUGACGAGUAA